AUGUGCCGUCUUUGGCGACUCGAACAGAAAGGAGUUGGAUUUGAUUGCGAGGCAAAGAAAUACUAUUCUUGUUGUGGAUUCAUGCACUACAAGCGAGCCACUUUCUUCAUUUUCCUCCUCAACAUCUUAUGGCUCAUUUGCAUGAUUAUUUCGAUUGCUCUCGGAUUUCGUCCAGAGACAUUUAUCCUUGUUAUGAUUGCUCUUCAAGCACUUUGUUUAAUAUUUUUAUGGAUGGGAUUGAGAGCUCAUGAUGGAGGAGGAUUGCUAGUGUUUAUGGGAUUCCAGUUAUAUUUCGCUUUUUAUUGGUUCUUUCAAGCAAUUCGUUUCUUUGUGAUUGUCAUUUCUCUUGAUGAGUUCACGAUUUUCGAUCACAAAUUUAAUAUUGGAUAUCGGGAUUGGAUUUGGGAUAAAUUGAAUGAUCUCGGGGAAAAUGAAAAAAAUGAAGUGAAAGUCUCAAUUUUCGCAGCAAUCUUCAGCGUUUUGAGCCAGGCAUUUGCGACGAUAUACUGUAUAUCUGCGUAUGUUGUUUAUAGAUGUCAUCUGUAUUUUGCCGAUCUUCAUGCGGCUAAAGAAUAUCAAAAGCGACGAGAAAUCUUUAAAGAUUUGCGCCAGGAUACUAUUGGAACACAAGAUUGGAUCAGAAUAAUUGUAAAA